CCUAUCUCAUAGGGUUGUGGAGGGGUUGGAAUGAAUUCCUAUGCAUCCAGUUCUCAGGAUACUGCAUGGCAUGUUGUAAAUAUGUGUAGGUUACCUAUUUUUAUCAUUAUAUGAUGACUGAUGCAAAGCAGAAGCUCAAUUUAAAACACAAACACUUAGUAAAGCACUGUCCUGUACUACGCAGUACAAUUCAGCAUUCAAAUGUAUCUGGUCAAUGAAUGUUUGUGUAAUGAAUUAGCAGAACAACCUUCAUCACCUGGCUUCUAUCACAUAAGCCUUCAUGCUGCCUUUCAUCUGGGUCUUUGCUGUAUUCGUCCCUGGAGAAGACAAACAUUUAGUCAUUAAAGCCAUCACUUUGAAACCGGCUUUUCAGGACAUUUGCAGGGGGCAUGGGCUUUGCUGCAAGUCUUCCUGCCUUCUCCAGCUCUCUGCAGGACCUUCCGUCCAUCCUCCAGCUUCCCCAAACUGAACUAGGAGAUCUCUGCAGGGAUGCCCAAAGCAAAACCUCGGAGUGUGAUAUGAAAGCUACCCCCUUUCUCAGCAGGCUCCCGAAUGCCUGGAAAGAAAGAGAAAAUUUCCUCCCCAACAGCAUCCUUCCAGUUUCUGCAAAUCGAUUCUAGGAAACUGGACACUGCUGCAGGUGUAGUGCUGAGAGGCUCUCUAGAGUGGGUGUUAGCAAGGCUCCUUUCAAGGUGGCUGUAAUUGUUUGGAUCAGUGCGGGAUUGCAGUAGAGACCAAGGUCACAUCCAAGAAUGACCUUGUAUGGGUGGGGGGUGGGGAGGCAGAGGGUGACUCCUGCUUAAUUGGGCAGCAGGAGAGGUGCCUGUCCAGUCCUGGGUACUCAUUCCUUACACUAGCAUCUCUGAGGGUCUUGACCCUGUGAAUGCUCGCUGUCGCCCUCAGGGUCCUGUACCCCUGCCUUCCUGAGGCCCCUCCAGCACCCCCCGCCCCGGCUUAGCAGUUCAUCACACUCUUCCUCCCACUAUGUUCUGUGCCUCUUGGUUGUCACCCUUGUACUUCAGGGCCCAGCAGAGUGUCUAGACCAUAACAAAGACUUAAUUGAUACUUACUUUUAUAUCAAUAAAUGCCCGAUUGUACUUGGCUGCUUAAUAUUGCCACCUUGAGUGUGAAGUUCAGAGCCCGGAAAGAAGAGUUGCCCUUUAGCGUUCAGAAGUGAGGCUGAGCUCACAGAACCCUCUCCUCCUCCACCUGUUAGCCACGUGACCGUGACCUUGGGCAAGUUGGCAACUCUCCGCUCCCUCAUCUGUCAGUGAGGCUUUCUGCCACCAGGGUUGCCGUGAGGCUGAACUAGGGUAAUUUCCGUGUUUUGGUAGAGUUUCAGCAGGUGGAAACAACAGCAAUUUUGUCUGAUUGAAGCUAAAAGAGGCGUUGACAAAAGAGCGAGCAGGGUUGUUGGCAGGGCUGGUGAGCCGGGCUCCGAAGCUCUCCAGCCUGGGUGACGCCCCACCUCAUGCCCAGGAGCGGUCAUUGCCGGCCGGUGCUCGGCUGGCACAGGACACCGUGGCUCCCCGCACUGCAGCGGCCCCCAAACCCAGUCGGGCCGGGUCGGGCCAGCGCUCCCUCCGCUGUGGGAGGAGUCCCAGCCCCGCCUCCCGCAGAGCCCCGCCUCCCGCAGAGUCCAGGCCUCUGAUUGGCUGAGCCUGAGUCACGGAGCCGAUCGCGAGCUGCAGGGGAUGCUGGGAGAGCAGGCAUCUGACGCCGUGGACUCGCGUAGCGAGGAGUGGACUGCGUGUCCUGCCCGGACAGUGGGGCAGGAAGCUCCCCCAGAUGGGAAGGAGGCCCCUGAUGCUGGGCAGCUGAAGGGUGACAGGCGGCCACAGAAUGCACGGACACUAAGGGUCAGCGUUGAUGUCCAGCCACUGCCAGCACGCAACUCCUUGUACAUCAAGUCCUUCUACAAUGAAUCAUGGGAAAGAAGGUAUGGGCAUCCAGUAGACCCAGAUACUCUGACUCUGCUCUGGUCUGUGACGGUGUCCAUAUUCGCCAUCGGUGGACUCGUGGGGACUUUAAUGGUGAAGCUGAUCGGAAAAGUUCUUGGGAGGAAGUACACUCUGCUGGUCAACAAUGGGUUUGCGAUUUCUGCUGCAUUGCUCAUGGCCUGUUCUCUGCAGGCAGGAGCCUUGGAAAUGCUCAUCGUGGGACGCUUCAUCAUGGGCGUGGAUGGAGGCAUCGCCCUCAGCGCGCUCCCCAUGUACCUGAACGAGAUCUCGCCCAAGGAGAUCCGCGGCUCUCUGGGGCAGGUGACCGCCAUCUUCAUCUGCAUUGGUGUGUUCGCCGGGCAGGUGCUGGGCCUGCCUGAGCUGCUGGGAAAGGAGAGCACCUGGCCAUACCUGUUUGGAGUGAUUGCUGUCCCCGCCUUGGUCCAGCUGGUGAGCCUGCCCUUUCUUCCUGAGAGCCCGCGCUACCUGCUCUUUGAGAAGCAUGACCAGGCGGGAGCCGAGAAAGCCUUCCGAACUUUCCUGGGCAAAGAGGACGUGUCCCGAGAGCUGGAGGAAGUCCUGACGGAGAGCCGUGUGCAGAGGAACGUCCAGCUGGUGUCCGUGCUGGAGCUGCUCCGGAGUCCCCUCGUGCGUUGGCAGGUCGUCACUGUGGUCAUCACCAUGGCCUGCUACCAGCUCUGCGGUCUCAACGCGAUUUGGUUCUACACCAAUAGCAUCUUUGGAAAAGCUGGGAUCCCGCCAGAAAAGAUCCCCUACAUCACCUUGAGCACCGGUGGCAUCGAGACUUUGGCCGCCAUCUUCUCUGGCUUGGUCAUCGAGCGCCUGGGACGGAGACCCCUCCUCAUCGGUGGCUUUGGACUGAUGGCCCUCUUCUUUGGGAUCCUCACUGUCACGCUGACAUUGCAGGACCACGCCUCCUGGAUCCCGUACCUGAGUAUCGUGUGCAUCCUGGCCAUCAUCGCCUCCUUCUGCAGUGGGCCAGUCCCACAGGGCCCCCCAUCACCCCUUCUAUGGACAGCAUUCACGUGGGCGCCCCUGCAGGGGGGCAGCCAGAGGCCCCAGGGGAACACUGGGCAGCAGACCAGGAGGGCAGCCUCCGCUCCCCCAGGACUUAUGGGCUGGUGUGGAAAUCCCGCUCGAGACGUCAGGCCCGGGGGCAUCCCAUUCAUCCUCACCGGUGAGUUCUUCCAGCAGCCCCAGCGGCCGGCUGCCUUCGUCAUUGCGGGCACCGUCAACUGGCUCUCCAACUUCGCCGUCGGCCUCCUCUUCCCGUUCAUUCAGAAAGGUCUGGACACCUACUGUUUCCUGGUUUUUGCCGCGAUCUGCCUCACAGGGGCUGUCUAUUUCUAUUUUGUCCUGCCUGAGACAAAAAACAGAACCCAUGCAGAAAUCAGCCAGGCAUUUGCCAGAAGGAACAAGGCAUACCCACCGGAGAACACUGACUCAGCUGCCUCUGAUGCUAAGGUGACCAGAAGGCCCGAGCCAGACCCCGCCUCCACUCUGGACAAUUAUGUCCAAAAUGGGGUUAUCUAAAUGGAUGAUCUCACCAUUUCAGGAAACCAAAGAUUUCCACACGUGAUUAAUAGUAUUAAGUAUUUAAAAAUAAACCUUUGCUAAUCUAUGGUCACAACCAUUUAGGUUUUAUUCAUAGCUGAAUGUCCGAAUUCUUCUGGAAGGUGGAAGGGAUAUCAGCUUAUGUUCCAGUAGAUCCACCCUUCUUCUGUUUGGAUCGAUGGCCUGUCUCCUUCAUGACUUAGCCCAUGGAUUCCAGAUGGAGCUGCUGAAAUAGCACUUGACAGCUUUCUCACAGGAAAACAAUAUAGGAAACAGGACACAGGGACAGGAGACCACAGACUGAGGUGCUGGUUCCAACUCUGCCGUAAGUAGCCUCGAGCUGCCCUCAACCUGGGUCCUGAGGCCUCAGGGAUCCUGGGCUUUGGUCCUAGAUGAAGGUUUUUGGAAUUCAGUGGAAAGACUCUUUGCACCUCCUGAUAAAUACCGUUACCAACCUCUGGCUCGGCCUUGUGGACCUCAGCCUCAGGAAGCUGAUACCAACCCACCGUCCUCCGGGUUCUGCCCCUCGCAGGCUGUGUCCCACACAUGGGCUGAAGACUUCCAUCCCUGAAACUGUCUUCACCUCGGAGUAUCAGAUGUGUCUCAGAAGGCAGAAAGAGGAUCAAGAUGGGGCAGGGACUGCAAAGUGAGUUGUUUUCAACUGAGGAAAACAGUAUUAAGAGUGACUCGGAAACGAAGCCUAGUCUUGGUGGAAAGACAGGGCAGAAGACCCAUGUCAUAGCUCAACCAGUAAAGCCGAGGGCAGAUUCUCCCUUCCUCUGCCUCUUUGUUUUCUAUUCAAGCCCUCGACAGAUGGGCUGAGGCCCACCCACAUCGGGGAGAGCAGUCUGCUUUGCUCAGUCCACCAGCUCAAAUGCUAAUCUUGUCUGGAAGUACCCUCGCAGACAUGCCCAAAAUAAUGUUUAACCAAAUAUCUGAGCACCCCAUGACCCAGUCAAGUAGACACCUAAAAUUAAUCAUCACAGAAGGUGAGUUCGCCAUUACACAGAGUGCUCAAGCAAACGUGGGGUGAUUGCUUGCCUUGACUGUCAUUAAGGAAAUCUAAGUGUCGCUUGUGGAAGAAGUUCUUAGGAGCAGAUAUGCUUGAGGACUCUUCCAACCCUUCGGUGCUAGGGCUGUUUGGUUUGGGACAACUUCCAACUGCCGUGAUUAUGUGUGCCGUGAGGUUUGGGCGAUUCCCUGUACUUGCCCCGUGAGUGAAACAAAGUCGGGACGCCCAUAGAUAAGUGAAAGUGUGCGUGAGUUAGCAGGUGUGUGUUCGAAUUCAUGUCACAGGAGGAGUGGGCCGGAGAGGAACGCCUCUGGACAUGGCAACACCCCUGGAACCCCUUCAGUCCCAUUCUUGACAAGGACAGCCUUACCCAAAAUCUGAAUUCUAAGUUUCCUUUCCCACCAAAUACUCUCAUCACUGGGCUGCUCCUUUGGUUGAUUGCCAGCUCAGUGCACCAUCCUCCCGAGCUAUGGCAGAAAGAUUUGGACAGUGUGUGUCUAUAUGGAGAGAAAGUGAUAGGUGGGUGCACAAAGUGCCCGAGACCAAAAAGCCAAAUGAAGUGCAAAAAGAAAUCUUAGCUGGGGAGUGUUGUCUUUCAUGUGUAGACUUGAGUAUUUAGCUUCUAAAUAGUAGGUACCUAGCAGGGGCUAGGCCCUAGGUAGGUGCUGAGGACACAUCGGGGAGCAGGAGAAUACACUGUCCUACCCCGCAUUCACUCACGGCCUGCCACCGAAGAUUGAAAAUCAAAGAAGCAGUAGCAAUGAAGUUACCCAGAGGAGGGGGACACAGCGAUGGAGGAACAGGUCACAGGACCACCUCCUCAGGGGUCGGUGAGAGGUGAAGGCCUUCCUAAAAAAUGGCGGCGAUGAGCUGGGGAAGCAACACAGCCAGCAGGCGGUAGGCCGGGAGUCGCUCUUAGCAUUUCCACGUUUGAAAAGUCAGCAGAGCAACGUUAAGUAAAUGUUUGAAAAAGAAAACACUUAAGAUGCCCAUAAUCUCACAUCCUUCCAUUUCCCUAACACUAUCACUCUCGUUUUUACAUCUCUCCGUCCAUUUCCGGCCUGUGAUUUACACUGUUAUAGUCACAGAAUACAUAACAACGAUUUACAA